UCAGAAUGUAGAGCUAUUUAGACCUAGGCAUUUCAAAGUCAACCUCAUAAUUGCAAUUUUCUAAUCUCUGGUAUGUUCCAUAGAUGUACUACUACCGUAAGACCACCUCUGCAUUAGUUUUAAAGGUCUGCAAAACGUGGACAAAAACACUGCUGACUUCCGAGGUUCUGGGGAACACUAGGAUUAAGCAGCUGCAGCAGCAGAAACACUGUUCCCUAGCUCACGCUGGUGCAAACGCAUCGCCAGAGGUUCAGAAAAUGGGUGAUAAUAGUAGCAGUCAAGUUACCCGUGUUCUUUUUUGUGGGCCUCACUUUCCCGCUUCUCACAAUUAUACAAGAGAAUAUUUGCAAGGCUAUCCAUUUGUCCAGGUUGAUGAUGUUCCACUUGAAAAUGUGCCUGCUGUGAUUGGUGACUAUGAAAUUUGCGUGGUUAAAAGCUUCCGGAUGAACUCCGAUGUCCUCUCUCGUGCAAAGAGCAUGAAACUCAUAAUGCAAUUUGGAGUUGGGCUAGAAGGUGUUGACAUUAAUGCUGCUACAGAGCAUGGCAUUAAAGUCGCCAGAAUUCCAGGUGGUGCAACUGGAAAUGCUGCUUCAUGUGCUGAAAUGGCCAUAUAUCUCAUUUUGGGCCUCCUGCGUAAGCAACAUCAACUGAAAAUUUCUGUGGAGCAGAAAAAGCUAGGGGAGCCAAUUGGUGACAACCUGGAAGGGAAAACGGUGUUUAUCAUGGGGUUUGGCAAUAUCGGGAUACAUUUGGCAAAGCGUCUACGUCCAUUUGACGUGAAAAUACUUGCUACCAAACGGAGUUGGUCCAGGCAUGCACGGGACUCAAGCAAAUCCGAGGCACCAUCUGUUGAAAAUGGUAGCUAUGAUGACCUGGUUGAUGAGAGGGGAAACCAUGAUGAUAUCUUGAAGUUUGUAAGCAAAGCUGAUAUUGUAGUAUGUUGUUUAGCUAUGAACAAAGAAACUGCUGGCAUCGUGANUACCUCAGUUUGGCAGAAAAAAUACCGGCAUCCCUUUUUCUUUUUCAUAGAGCCUAGGCUCGAUAUCGGACGAGGGAACACAUUGCCAUUACCACCAUUUCUAACUAUGAAAAAUCAUGGGGACCGCAUUGCGGCCCUUGAAGAGACGGUUAACGUAUUACAAGCUAUCUUGAAUACGGUGCAUGAUCUAAGAACUAGCCUAGUGCGAAGGUUGGACGACUUGGACCGCAGGAUGCGGCAGGCUGAAGGGGACAUUGCAAACAUCAGUCGCGACUCUGAAGGAGACCGGCAAACGGCAGCCACAUAG